AUGAAGUCUGUUGCAUCCAUCGCCGCGGCAGCUAUGCUGUCCGGCUCUGCCAACGCUUUCUGGCGCAUGCCCUGCCACGACCGCACUGCCCUUGCACGUCUGGACCCCAUCGUCGACGAGGGAACUGCUUCCUCUCACGCCCACACCAUCCACGGUGGAAGCAACUUCGCUGAGACGACCACCUAUGACAUGCUUCGUGAGUCGGAGUGCACUUCGUGCCAGUUCGACGACGACAAGUCCGCCUACUGGACCCCCUCCCUCCACUUUGUCCACGAGGGUGGCAAGACUGAGAUCGUCCCUCAGAUUGGUGGUAUGCUCGCAUACUACCUCCUCCUCGGUGAUGACCUGAAGGCCUUCCCUGAGGGCUUCCAGAUGCUCGCAGGUGACUCCCGUCUCCGUAACUUCACCGGCCCGGUUCCUGACCCGCCAACCUCUGCCUGGACCGCCGACGACAUGACCCAGCUGUCUCUUGGCCAGAAGUCCAUUGGCUUCAACUGCCUCAACUACAACAAGGCACCCGAGGGCUCGCGCUAUCGCCACUUCCUCCCCACCAAGGACUACAUGGACGAGAACUGCGCCAACGGUAUCCGUGCCGAGAUCAUGUUCCCCUCGUGCUGGAACGGCAAGGACAAGACCGCCGACGACCACAAGAGCCACAUGGCCUACCCUAACAUGAUUGACGGUGGCUCGUGCCCCGAGGGUUUCGACACUCGUGUUCCCUCUCUCUUCUACGAGACUAUCUGGAACACCUACAAGUUCAAGGACUCCCCCGGUCAGUUCGUGUGGUCCAACGGUGACCCAACUGGUUACGGAUACCACGCUGAUUUCAUCAACGGAUGGAACAUCGACACCCUCCAGUCCGCCGUCUCCACCUGCACCAACCCCUCUGGUCGCGUUGAGGACUGCCCAGUCUUCUCCGGUUCCCUCCAAACUGAGUCUGAGCAGGCCACCUGCAAGAUCCAGUCCAUGCCUAAGGUCCUCUCUGUCGAUGACUGCGCCGGUCCUUCCAACGGUCUCUGCGGUAACGUCCCCGUUCAAUACGGACCCGAGUAUGCCGCACCCCUUGAAGGAGGAGACAAGGACGACGAGGAGCCCAUCACUCCUACUCUGUCCUCUGUCGCCCCUGUGCCCACUCAGUCCUACGCCCCUGCUCGCUCCAUGGGCGCUGGUGGUAUCUCCGUCUACAACGUUGAGAGCCCUUCCACCAUGGUCAAGUCCAGCUCCAGCGCUGACUAUGGCAACUACCCCGCCGCACCUGCCGUUACUCCUCUUGCUGACAUCGUUGAUGCUGUCGCGGGUGACGAGGCUGUCUCUACCUCUACCUACACCAAGGACGGUGUCGUAUACGAGGUUGCCAUUGUUGAGGUUGUCGUUACCACCACUGUUGGUGCUGACUACCGCCGACACGCACACAAGCACCGCCGUGGUCACUUCGGCCGCAACUAA